AUGUCUAUCCAAACCGGUGACAAGAUCCCCGCCGCAAGUUUCAAGACCCCGACCACCGAUGGCCCCCGUGAGCUGACCAGCGGUGAGAUCUUCAGCGGCAAGAAGGUCGUGCUGUUUGCGGUGCCAGGCGCUUUCACCCCGACGUGCAGCGACGCUCACUUGCCGGGCUUCAUCGUGCGUUCGGACGAGAUCCUCGCCAAAGGGGUCGACACCAUCGCUUGCACCUCGGUCAACGACGUGUUCGUGAUGGGUGCCUGGGCCAAGGACAAGCAUCUCGCCGAUGGCUUUCUGAUGCUGGCCGAUGGCAAUGGCGACUUUGCCAAAGCGGCUGGUUUGGAGCUCGAUCUCGAGCAUUUCGGCAUGGGCAAGCGCUCGAAGCGCUACGCCAUGAUCGUCGACGACGGCACGGUGACCUAUCUCGGCGUCGAGCCCGCGGGUGAUGUGGGAGUCAGCGGCGCCGAGGCCGUGCUCGAAGAGCUCUAG